CGGCGCCGGCGGCGACCAAUGGACCGGUUCUACGACGAGCAGUACGUGCGGCUGCGGAACCGCAAGCUCGACAAGUACUACCUCCACGCCGACGACGACGGGGUGGGCGUCUCCAUCAGCCAGCGCCGCAACUCGCUGAACGUGGCGUGGAAGGUGCACAUCUACCAAGGCGCCUGCGGCCCGUACCUGCUCCUCCACAGCGCCGCCUACGGCCGCUACCUCGCCGUCACGGCCACGCCGGCGCCGGCCUUGUACCACGGCUUCCGCGCCGAGCUGCGCGACUACGACCAUCCGGAGGUGCCGGAUAUCAUGUGGCUGGACGUCAGGGCGGGGCUGGGGCCUGGCGUGCUGCUCCUAAACGCCGGCGACGGCGACCGCUACCUCCGCGCCAACGGCAAGUACCUCCGCUGGAACACCGGCGUCACCGUCGAGAGCAGAGAUAUUGAGAACGAGAAGGUCAGCUCCAUGAUGCGCUGGAUCGUUGAGCCCAUCGACCUCACAGAGCGCGCGCCUCGCAUUCCAGACCCGAUUCGGGCUCGCCUCCCUGAAGACCUCUCCGUCGUCGUGUUCGGGCGCCAGCCAGGGGCGUUGCGGGAGAUUCGGUUCGUGCAAGCGACCCCCGAAGGGGUGUACCCCGAGGCCCAGCAAGGCUGGGCCGCGUUCAAUAUCAGGGGGAGGUCCUUGUACAACCUGCGGGACCGGCUGGCCAGAGAGGUCGACCUGCAGCCCGACUUCAUCGCCAUGUGCAUCCGAGCGGGCCGCUACGGGAGGCUGACCCCACUCGUCGUCGACCUGCCCCGCCGUGGCUGGGGCGACAUCUACCAGAUCGUCGUCUUCAGCUCCGGGACCGCUGCCUAUGCUGCGCUGCGAUACCCGAAUGUCGACGGAGUGUAGAGAAGGAUCAGAGCCGGAGUCCUGACAGUUCACCUCUUCAGAAGUUUCACCGCCUCGGACACAACAAUGGCAUAACUGAACGCCUGCUUUAGCAUAUAGAUAUAUACUCAUCAGCUCUUGUGUUUCUCCUGCUAGCUAAACUCUGAUGCUGGUUGUAGUAGUCGUUGCAGUGUCACACUUCUGACAUUCAUUUCUGUGAUGUGGUUGCUACUGCUUCCUGGAUGAAGCAUUUCACUGUGGGGUUCUUGCAGUGAAUCGAUGAUCCUGCAGUCCUUUUGGAUGAUGGAUGCACUUUGCAUAAAUGGAAAAUGCAGUGGUUGUUGCCA